UCUCUGCACAGGCUAGUCUAGUUAAAUUUGUGCACAGACUAACCAACAAGUUACCCCAUUAAUCUUGGCCAUGGAGGUUGUCAUGUCUGCAGUAGCAGGGGAACUCGCGAGCCAGUUCAUCUCCUAUCUGAUGAACAAGUACAACUCCUCGAGGCAUGCUCAAUCAGAAGAGGAGGAGAAGGUAGUGGAGAGGUUGAAGCACCUGCUGAUGAGAGCUGGCACCAUGGUUGAAGAGGCAGACACGAGAUACAUAACCAACUCCGGCAUGAUGAUGCAGCUCAAGACGCUCUCAGAGGCCAUGUACCAAGGAUAUGGUGUGCUGGACAACUCAAGGUACCGUGACCUCCAAGGCACUACAGGAUUCGACGAGGUUAGCAUCAAAGACUCAUCUGCAAGCAGUUUAUAUUUAGCCAAGCGCUCUCGAACAAUACCUGAUAAGGAUGCACGCCUCGAGUCACAUGUUGCUUUGGAAAGUCUAGAAAUAGUUGUUGCUAACAUGGCAGAAUUUAUUGUUCUUCUCGGUGGAUGUGAGCGCAUGUCUCGUAGGCCAUACGAUGUUUAUCUUUACACCGAAAACUUCAUGUUCGGCCGACACGCUGAGAAGCAAAAGCUCCUCAGCUUCUUGUUGCUGCGCAACGACCCUCCUGGUGGUCAUGUAUUGGCGGUACUCCCGAUCAUAGGUGGUGCAACAACUGGGAAGAAAACUUUGGUUGCCCAUGUGUGCGGUGAUGAAAGGGUUCGCUCACACUUCUCAUCUGUAUUGCACUUGAAUGGAGGCAACCUUUUGAACAUAUGUGAGCACAGAAGCACUAUGCUGUUGGUAGUUAUUGAGUUUGCUUCUGACGUAGAUGAUGAAGAGUGGAAAAAGUUUCACUCGUUUUUCGUAAGAAUGGACAGAGGAAGCAAGAUCAUUAUCAUAAGUAAACUUAAAAGAUUAGCCCGGUUCGGAUCGGUGAAACCAAUUUUCCUUACUGCUCUGUCUUAUGAUGAGUUGAGAUACCUUUUCAAAACACUGGCAUUCGGAAGCAUAGACCCAGCAGAACAUCCACGACUACUACAGAUAGCAGAUGAAUUUGCCAGGUUAAUGCACAGUUCGGAUGGUUCACUUGUCCCAGCAAAUGUGUGUGCGGACAUUUUGAGAAAGAAUCUCGAUGCUCAGUAUUGGCGUUGCAUAUUGGACAAGGCGAUAAGAUUUGUCAAAAGAAACCUCGCCAGGUAUAGUGUGGACCCAGCCAUACAUAUAGAACAAGGACCUCCAGUGGUGGCCACGGUUAUAGAAAAAGGCCAUCCAGUGGUUGUAACGGACCUUGCUAUGGAUCCACUUACCAUCAUACCCUAUACAAAUAAUGUUUCAAUCAAGAAACUGCCAAGUGUGACAUUUGGGGAAAUUCUAACAGACCCUACUGUUACACCAAAAGGGGACUUUAAUCUAAUUUCAUGGGAAUCAAGGAUACCGCCUUAUAAUUCAUUAUUUGCUGGUUUUGCGACAAGUAAUGCUCUGGAUACACAUGAAGGUAAUGCCUUGCAAGGGAAGAAGCGACGGGGAGAGCCAAUUUAAUUGUGUUCGAGAACUCGUGUAAUGUAACUCUUGAUUUGUAUUUUCUGAUAGAUGAGAAACAUAUAUGUUAGCAUGGCCAUGCAUAGGAUUUGAAAGAGUGAUUAUAUACCAUUUCAACUAAAUGUAUGAGAGAUCUCGGUUAAGUUAAAGUCGUAUUCAGAUCCAACAAUCACCCUCCACUUUUAAGAUAGCAUCAUCCGAAGUGGAAGUGGCAGUGGCUACUACUCCUCCGCAGUAGCUCUAGCUAAGAAAGUCUAAAAUAAAGUGACUUCUAAUGCAACAGAAAUUAAACUCUCAAGAAAGAUGUCUAUGAAGUAAUUAUAGCGUGGUUGUGAUUGGCAUUUUGUUAUUGUUGACACCUACUCAGUUGUGCGUAGUUGUGCUCCUACUCAACCAAUAAACAGUACUCCUACUCAGUUAUGCUCCUACUACAUGUGUGUAAGUCUAUUGGUUCCAUGCCAUCCAAUCAGGCAAUGCUAUAUAUGUACAGGGGCGAUGUAGCUCCGUAUUGUGCUGCUGUAUGGGUGUGGAUUUCAAAUUCGAAGGACUGACAGACCACGGCGGCAUACUGCAUCCGGUAG